AUGCUCAGUUUGGCGGCUUCUGUUGUCAGGGCAGCACAACUUUCAGGAAUUGUCGUUGGGCCAACGGAACAUUUCCAACCAAGAGAUCUCUCCCCCAGGACGCGUGUUAUUCUCAGCGGAGGCGAGCAUACUGCAAUGGUCAUGAAGGAUGGUAGAUUCACUUUCCCUAACGUACCGGAAGGAAGUUACCUCCUUCAAGUUGAGAGUCCACAAUAUCUUUACCCAACUAUCAAGGUGCAUGUCACUGAAAAAGAAUCCCGAGCAUACAUGGUCAGCUUGGGAGCCGAUUGGUCCAACAAUGAUAAUAGUCUUCAGUUUCCACUAACUCUUGCUCCACGGGCUGCGGCGUCAUACUUUAUUCCUCGUGAAGGAUUCAAGUUGUCACACCUGUUCGCUAACCCAAUGAUGCUUAUGAUGGGCUUCAGUGUAUUGAUGCUUUUCCUCAUGCCAAAAUUGAUGGCUAAUAUGGACCCAGAAGCUAUGCAGGAAAUGCAAGGGAUGCAGGAUGCGGCCCAGAUGCCGAACUUUGAGAUGCCUGAUAUUGCCGCUACACUUGCGAAAUUUUCAACAGGAAACAGUGGAUCCUCAUCACCCGCUUCUGCGAAAAAGAAGCAAUAA